AUGGAGGAAGAGAUCCCAAAAGGAUUACCCGAGAUGGAGGGCAGUCCAGAGGAUCAGCAUGAUAUGACACGUAUGGCGCAACUUUCGACCGCUGGCAGCGUUAAGUUUCUCAGCGGUCCUUCAAGCUACGUGGGAGUCGCAAACACACAGGGUCUCCAAAAUGGUGGCCUCGGAGGUGUAUUCUGGUCUUACAUGUGGACCUUCGUUGGGUUUGGCUUCAUCACCGUUUCGCUGGCCGAGAUGGCUUCGAUGGCGCCCACCUCAGGAGGUCAAUACCAUUGGGUAUCGGAGUUUUGCACGCCUCGUUACCAGAAAUUUCUGAGUUACACGACUGGAUGGAUGUCUGUACUAUCCUGGCAGGCAGGAGCUGCAUCUUGCUCGUUUCUAACCGGAACUAUUAUCCAAGGUCUCAUCACCCUCCGUGACCCAAGCUAUGAGCCCCAGAAUUGGCACGGAACUUUGUUUGUACUCGCGAUGAUAGUCGUCACUUACUUUUUCAAUGUCUACGUGGCAAGCUGGAUGCCCAGAAUUCAAAACAUCCUUCUCGCGCUGCAUUUGCUAUGCUGGGCCAUCAUUGUGAUUGUCCUGUUCGCCAUGGCUCCUCAUAACUCCGCCAAACACGUCUUCACUUCAUUUUACAAUGGUGGCAAUUGGUCUACAAUGGGUAUCAGCUUGAUGAUUGGACAGAUAUCAGCUGUAUAUGCCUCUCAGUGCUCUGACGCCACGGCACACAUGUCCGAAGAAGUCAAGGACGCCGGUCGAUACGUACCGAUGGCAAUCACAUGGGGAUACUUCGGUAACGGACUUCUAGCACUGAUAAUGAUUGUUGGAUUUCUUCUCGCUAUACCCUCAGUACCCGAUGCGCUCAACGACAGCACCGGAUUCCCCUUCCUCUACGUGUUCCGCCAAUUCCUCUCCACCUCCGGUAUCAACGCCCUCACAUCCAUAUUAUUGAUUACAGUUAUAUUCAGUAACAUCUUAUUCAACGCGUCAACCGCACGUCAAACAUAUGCAUUCGCGCGGGAUCGCGGUCUACCCUUUGCAGACUGGAUCUCGCGUGUCGACCCGCGCCGCCGAAUCCCAGUCCGAGCCAUCGCACUUUCGUGCGUUAUUAGCGGUUUGCUAUCCCUAAUCAACAUCGGUUCACAAGUUGCAUUCAACGCGAUCAUCUCGCUCAACAUUGCUGCGCUCAUGUACACAUAUGUGGUAUCCAUCAGCUGUGUGAUUUACCGGAAGAUCGCCUGUCCUCAAACGUUACCUCCUCGACGUUGGAGUCUUGGUCGUUGCGGCCUUGCAAUAAAUAUUAUUGGCUUACUUUAUGUUAUUUUUGUGCUCUUCUGGUCUUUCUGGCCUCCGAGCCCUUUGCCUUCAGCCGGUGAUUUCAAUUGGAGUGUGGUUAUUUUCGUUGUAGUGUUCAUUAUCAGUCUUUUGAUGUAUCUGUUCCAGGGCAGGAGGCAAUAUGUUGGCCCCGUUGUGACGGUCCAGCGAAAUGGUUGA